AGACUAACUUCAUUCACCUCUUUCUUAUCUCUCAAAACACCAAGAAGAAUAGAAAAUGGCUCUAACUCUACGCUCUUCAACCUCUUUCAUAAAUUUAAGGGACACGAGAAAUUUCAAAUCUACUGAUGAACUCUCGAACAACACCAUUUGUUUCGCACAAAUCAAAAGAGUCUUCCGGAUCCAAGCAAGGAACUCCGCACAAGAAGCUCCACUCUCAAAUGACAAAAGCUUCAAUCUUGAAGUUAUGAGGGACAUGAGAAGGGAGAAGCUUCAUAAGCUUCCUGAUACCCAUGAAAAAAAUUAUUCAAAGGUCCCUGUAUUUGUCAUGUUGCCUCUGGACACCGUAUCACUUGAAGGAAAACUGAGCAAGCCAAGAGUAAUGAACGCCAGUUUAAUGGCCUUGAAAAGUGCAGGAGUAGAAGGAGUAAUGGUUGAUGCUUGGUGGGGUUUGGUUGAAAAAGAUGGGCCUAUGGAGUACAACUGGGAAGGAUAUGCUGAACUUAUAAAGCUAGUGCAUAAGAAUGGCUUGAAGCUCCAAGUUGUUAUGUCUUUCCAUCAGUGUGGAGGGAAUGUAGGAGACUCUUGCAACAUUUCUUUGCCACCAUGGGUUCUUGAAGAAAUCAGUAAGAAUCUUGACCUCGUCUAUACAGACCGGUCAGGCAGGAGAAACCCCGAGUACAUCUCCUUGGGGUGUGAUUCACUGCCAGUGCUCAGAGGAAGAACACCCAUUCAGGUUUACUCAGACUACAUGAGAAGUUUCCGUGACAGAUUUUGGCAUUACUUGGGCGAAUCUAUUGUGGAAAUUCAAGUGGGAAUGGGCCCUUGUGGAGAACUUAGGUAUCCAUCCUAUCCAGAAGACAAUGGGACUUGGAAGUUUCCAGGAAUUGGAGAAUUCCAAAGCUAUGACAAGUAUAUGAGGAACUCCUUGCAAGCAUCUGCAGUGGCAAUAGGAAAGAAAGAUUGGGGAAAAAGUGGACCACAUGACUCUGGACAGUACAAACAAUUCCCAGAGGAGACUGAUUUUUUCAGGAGAGACGGAACAUGGAAUAAUGAAUACGGACAGUUCUUCUUAUCGUGGUAUUCCCAAAUGCUGAUAGAACAUGGUGAUAGAAUCCUUUCCUCUGCAAAAGCAAUAUUCCAGGAAAGUGGAGUAAAGCUAUCUGGAAAAGUGGCCGGUAUUCACUGGCACUACGGAACAAGGUCCCAUGCAGCUGAACUAACAGCAGGAUACUACAAUACCAGACACCGGGAUGGUUACUUACAGAUUGCACAAAUGAUGGGAAGGCAUGGAAUUGUAUUGAACUUCACAUGCAUGGAGAUGAGAGAUGGAGAACAGCCAGACAAUGCUAACUGCUCUCCAGAAGGACUGGUUCAACAGGUAAAGAUGGCAACAAGAAGUGCAGGAAUUGAACUUGCAGGAGAGAAUGCAUUGGAAAGGUAUGAUGAAGGUUCAUAUUCACAAAUUCUGGCCACAUGUAGAUCCGACUCUGUGAGUGGAUUGACUGCAUUUACAUACCUAAGAAUGAACAAACAGCUAUUUGAAGGAGAUAACUGGAGGAAAUUUGGGGACUUUGCGAAAAGCAUGUCAGAAGGUGGUUUGAUCACAAAACUUCCAGAAAGCGACUCAUGCGGUACAAACUUUUAUGUUGGGUUUAUCAAACAGAAAAGGGGCGAGCUCUUGUUUAGACACGUGUAGGAGAUCAUUUAUAGUUGUAUCCUAUAGUAACCUGUCAGCAGGAGAAGAAAACACAUAGAUAAACAUAAAGAAAGAUGAGGGAAAUUGGUUCUUAUGGUGAAGCUAGACUAUCUAGAAAAAUAAACACAAGGAAAUAAUAAAUUUUCCUUUCAAACAAACUUAUGGAAAUCUGUCUAUUAUUUGUUGAUGAUGUAAUGUACAUUCCUCUAUUAUUCCAGUAAUCUUUCAUCAAUAUAAUGUGCCUUAUUAUCUCCUGCAGUUAUCA